UUGGAAGAUUCAAAUAAGAGUGUCAAUAUCAUGGACAAUCUCAAAACCAGAUUCGUUGGACCUAUUUACUCUUCUUCUCAACCAAGGAGGAUGGCAAUCAAGUGGUUCUUAAAUAAUCAUAAAUCUGACUGUACGGGCAGUGAUGGACCACGUGUCCAGCUUAAGAUGGGGCCUGCCACAUUUGACCCUUCCAACUACAUUUCCUAA